UUUGGGGCCAAGAUGGAAGACCAGUGCCUCAGAGCUGUGCUGUGGCAGGACAUGUCAGUGAACCUGGCCUCCACGCUGCUGCACCAGCUCUCAGAGAGGGUCAGUAAAUCCAACAGUCAGCUGUUGGACAGAUCGACUCCACCCAUCAGAAGCAGUCCUGUUCUGAAGGUGAACGUGGACCCACUCCGUUCGUCCCCACCUUCGAGCUCCCAGGAACCUCCACAGGAAACGCAAACCAGCGUCAGCAGAGAUCAAACCACAGGUUGCUCUUACUUCUACAGGUGUCAUGUGUGCGGGUUUGAGACGGAGGGGCGUGCCCUUUUCCAGAGUCACAUGACGGAACACCGCCAGUGGGAGCACGGCUCCUACUCGCUGCACUGCUGCGUGUGCGACCACUCGACCAAUCGGGAGGCAGAGAUGAGGGCUCACGCCGACACACACAUACAGGGCGACUCAGGAGCCAGUGGAGACAUGAGAUGCCCCAUCACCCCUCUUGCCGCCGCCACCGCCGCCGCAUCCAGCAGCACUCCGGCAGUUGCCAUGGCAACCCAGCCGGAGAAGAGCACCUCUGAGCAUCGCUGCCGCAUCUGCCAGAGGUCGUUUCCAGGGCAACAGGAGCUGCUGGUUCACUUCCAGGGUCAUCGCCAAGGCAACCAGUACCGGUGCGACCGGUGCGGCCACCUGACGCGGACAGCCAACAAGCUGGUGGAGCACGUUCGCGUGCACACGGGGGAGCGGCCGUUCACCUGCGACCUCUGCCCCUACAGCGCCAAGCGGCGGGACAGUUUGCGCCUGCACUGCAAGGUCAAACACGCCGCGCACGUUAACGGGAACGCGGCGGAUGCGCCCGGGGACGUGCACACACACCGGUCGUACGUGCACGGUGACAAUCAGCGCUCAAACAAACACGUCCAGCGGCUGCACACACCGCCCAACACGCACACUGCUGCAGCCUCCUCCUCCUCCUCCUCCUCCUCUCUUCCUCCUCUUCACCCCUCGCUCUCUGACCGGGCAGGAUGGAGGGAUUUGUCUCCUCUCCUCCCCAUCACGACACUCAUCUCUCUGAAACCACGCUCUCCUUCUUCACCCUUCUCCUCCUCCUCCUUCUCCUCGUCUUCCUCCACCAAACACUCCUUUCUCGGUUACCUUGGUCUGACAACUUCUUUAUAAAUGUUUUUUUCUUUUUCUCCUCCUUUUCCCUCCUCUCCUCCUCCUCCCCUCCUCUUCUAUCCAUCCUCUGGACUGUUGAUGGAUGUAAAGCUCUGUAAUGUAUCCAAGGUACUGUCACUCAACACUAUGUAUGAGAAUGUCAAACAGCUACUGUUAUGCUCAAUGCACUGAAAACACACAGAUAAGGAACGUUUUGAAUUUAUUGAACUUUUGCAUCAUGCUCGUGGUUUUGCUGCAUUCCUGCCUGCUUUAGCUUCAUAUAAUCACUGAACUCUUAGCUAUUUAACUGUGUGACAUAUUUAUUGCCUGUCUCUCGUGUCCUUCUGAAACCCUGCGUUUAAAAAUCCUCCUCUUACACUCAUUUGCACAAAAAAAUAUGAGACACUUUAAUAUGAAGAUCAUUUACUGUUUUGUUGUAGAGAAAGUCUUCGUCUUUUAUCGACUCCUAACGUUUUCUGAACAGAGAUGUUCAGUUUAUUAUCACAGAAGACCAGAAAAUAUUCUCCUUCAAACAGCUGGGAUCAGGAUUUCUUUGGUAUUUUUAUCAAAAUUGUUGCUGAAUAAUUUCUAAUAAAUUUAAAGUAUUAAAAUUCAUUAUAUCCAUUUCUAAACGAGAAUCACUGCUGUCUCUUCCAUCGUGAGGAUUUUUAAGGGUACAGGGUUUCUGGGAGACAAUGAUGAUAUUUCUAAUAUUUGUGUUGUAUAUUGAUAAUGUAUUUGUGUUUACAUAACCACACGGGGCUCCUGAGAGUCGAAAAUGUCUUAAUUUAAAGUUGCACUAUAUGUAGUUUUGCUGAGAUAAAAAAAAAUAAUAAUAAUUUUAGAAAACUUAACCUUUUUUUUUUUAAACACUAUUCACAAAAGCAGAAAGUCCAGUGAAAGUGAAUGUGGACCAGUUGAAAACCAGUUUCCCUGCAGCUUCAGUCCAGGGAUCCAGUUUCCUCUCUGAUUGUUAUCUGCUUCCUAAAAUCUAUAUUUUAAUCAGUAACAUGAAAACAGUGAAUUAAAAAACACGGAUGCAGGAUUAUUCCGUGUUUACGUCACACACGACGGAUGAUAAACCAACGGAAACGUUUCCACAUUUGCGACUUGUGAGCGUUCACGUCGUCGAACUGCUCACGAAGCUCGUGUGAUACUAAACUACAUCCAUUCAGCUUGGGUUUCGUUACACUGAACAUCCAUGUUUGUUUGGUUUUCAGGCACAAAGUGACAUGAAAAUGAGUCGCGAUCUGCUGCAGGUAACGCUGCCUUACUCCUGCUCAUGCAGCUGUGUCACAUCUGUAAACUAAACUGUGGCUGCAGCUGUAAAACAUCAGCAUCAAAAGAAUGAAUUGAAAGCUAACUCGCUAGCUAAAGUGAAAAGGCUCCUCAGCUGUUAACAGCAGGAAUAAAUAACAGGAACAUUUGCUCAGUCAAUCAUCAGGUUUUUCAUUCAUGUUUUUCAUACUCGUAUUUUGGUUGUGAUGAGCAAAAGGCCGAGUCUGGUUCCAGGUUCCAGACCUGAAUCUUCCGCCCGUGUCUCAGACUUCGUCCAGUGAUUCAAAUAGUUCUGGUGUUGUGAUCAUUGACGGCUGUUUCUUCAGCUGGAAAAACAACUGUUCAACCGUCCUCCAAGAACGAGGACACCCGUCUUCCUGUGCCGGGGGACGGGGAAAAAAAAUGCAGACAAGUGCGACUGACAUCAGUGCAGCUGUGAGAAAACAAAACAAAAACGCAGCGGCGUCCUCGUCGGUUUAUUCUGAUUAUCAGGUUGAAAAGGCUAAAAGAAAUUGUGUUAGCUUUCUAGUUAGUUUGCU